AUGUCACCUUUACCAGUUAUUGCCUGUGGGGGCAGCAACCCGCAAAUUUUCAACGCUGUCAAACCUCUUUACUUACCCGAGUACGAAAUUAUCCAUAACGUCAUUAGCAGCACCUCUGGAGCAGUCGAAAUACCCGCCUUGCUGCAAGGGCAGGCACCUCCCAUUGCUGAAGAGCCCAAUCGUGGGACCAUGAACUACUCCAAGCCACCCGUGGCCGUGUUUACAGGGGCCCUCUAUGGCGACGAGGAAGUUGAUGAGAUGCGCCAGGCGUGUCAAGGAAUCAGUUCUAUCCCUUGGUUAAAAAUGGAUAUGAGUGUGCCUAAGCCGCCGCUCGGGCCGGGGUAUGCGGAGCAUGUCGUGCAGAGAAUCAAGGAAUGUAUGAAGAAGAUUGAAGCUGAGGGGAAGUUGGAGCAAGAUGGUGUCUGGCUUUUUUAA